CGUGCAGCUCUGAGAGCCAGCUGUCGUUCGCUCAGAGCCUGAGCUUUUUUCUCUCACAACUAACUCCCCGCUCUCCACUGACCGUAUCGAUCUAUGGGACUCCAGACCCGCACACCAAGCGAACCACCACUGUCUGCUAUGGCCUGCCUGGAUGUGGAGACCCCCGCUAUCUGCAGGGGUAAAUUCAAAUCAGUCCUGCAGCUCCGCUUGCAGCAGAGGCGAACCCGGGAGCAGCUUGUGGAGCAAGGCAUCAUGCCACCUCUGAAAACCCCUGCUGCCUUUCACGAGCAGAUACGCAGCCUGGAGAGAGCCAGGACGGGGAACUUCUUGAAGCACAAAAUCUGCAGCCGACCUGAACGCUCUGAGUUGGUCCGUAUGCACAUCCUACAAGAGACGCAGGCUGAGCCCUCCCUGCAGGCCACGCAGAUGAAGCUGAAGAGGGCCAGGCUGGCUGAUGAUCUCAAUGAGAAGAUCGCCCAGAGGCCCGGUCCCAUGGAGCUGGUGGUGAAGAACAUCCUGCCUGUGGACACCGGUGUCAAGCAGGCCAUCGUCGACGGCACGGUGAAUUACCCUAAGACACUGGAUGUUUACAACUUUGAUGAGGACAGCAGUGACGCCAUGUCACCCGAGCAGCCUGCCAGCCAGGAGUCCCACAGCUCCAGCUCUGCCUCCCCACGAGAGUGUGGCAGCAGCGAGGCCAUGUCCACUUCCCCUCAGAUCAGCUCCAACACGCAGAGCUCCCCACCUAACUCCCAGUGCACAUCAGAUUUAGUCAACCUCGUCUCCGCCCACGAGCAACAGAGCGACCGGCUGGCAGCCGCAUCUCAGCCAGUCACCGCUGUGGCGCCCACCACACCAGCGCCUAUUCUUGUGAAGCACAGCCAGCUCAGGACACCCAGUGAUAAAAGCCGCAGCAAAAAGAGCAAGGAGGCCAAGCCACGGGUGAAAAAAUUGAAGUACCAUCAGUAUAUCCCCCCCGACCAGAAGCAGGAGCCCAACGAGGUGCCCAUGGAUUCUGCCUAUGCCCACCUGCUGCAGCAGCAGCAGCAGUUCCUGCAGCUUCAGAUCCUGAGCCAGCAACAGCAGCAUUACAACUACCAGGCCAUCCUGCCAGCCCCACUGAAACCAGGAACAGAGGGAAAGACCAGCUGUUCCAGUGUCUCUUUGGGUGCAAAUUCAGUCUCACUAACCAGUGCUGCCCCUGUGUGGCCCAGCCAAACUCUGACCAGCUGCAAACCAGGUCAUUUACCUGCCAAUCUGGAUGAGAUGAAGGUUGCUGAGCUCAAAACAGAGCUGAAACUAAGAGGACUGCCUGUGUCUGGCACCAAGACUGAUCUGAUAGAGAGGCUGAGGUGUUAUCAGGAAAGCUCAAAUAGUCAACCUGCUACUACUAAGGAGACAACCAACACAGUGGUCCCACAGUCUGAAAACACAAAAAUAAGCCCCCCUGUGUCCCCUAUAGCCUCCAAGGUGUCUAGUCUGGGCAUCGAGGACAGCUCCCCUAAACUGUCAGGUGCUCCAUCUCCAGCUCACAGUGCACCCUGCGGGAGCUCCCCUAGAGGAGACAGUCCCAUGGAGAGCAGGUCCUCUGAGAAGGACAAGCGUCUGCAUGAGAAAGAGCGUCAGAUCGAAGAGCUGAUGAGGAAGCUGGAGCAAGAGCAGAGGUUGGUGGAGGAACUUAAGAUGCAGCUGGAGGUGGAGAAGAGGAGUCAGCAGGGAGACUCUCCCCCGCGACUCAGCCCUCCCACUCCCAUCCAGGUCAAAGAGGAAAUAAGGAGCCCCUCAAACUGCUUGGCCUCCUGCAGCCCCCCUGGUCUGGCAGCAGUGGUCAAACAGGAGGAGGCUGCAGAUCAGAGCCGCUCAGCUCCUUCACAUCAGUUCAUCAUCAGCCAGCAACAGCUGCCUCAGACUCUCAAGCAGUCGGUCCAGCCAGGAGCACAGAUCAUCCUGCCUGUAUCGCUCCCGGCCUCAGCAGUCACCAUCCACCUCCCCAACAAUGGAAUCAAAUUACAUACUACUGUUAGCAGUGCAGCUCCGGGCCUCAUCCAGACCGCUGGACUGGUGCCACAGAAAAUAGAGGCCUCAGCAGUGUUGCAGCAGCAAUGCACCAGUCAGACUCAGCCUAUGACACAGACCGGCCAACUGAGCACCUCACCACGUUCAGGUUUCCAGUACAGAGCAGAUCAGAGUCAAGUGAUGGAAGACACGCCGCAGCACCUGCUUAACACCCUCACAGGGGGUGGAUGCCCUGUGACGGCCUCCUCUAGCCAAGCUGCACCUAAAGGGCCUACAAACAAGUCCUGUCCAAACCAGCCUGCCUUGAUCUUGCAACAGCCAAAAUUCACAAACCACAUAUCCAAGUGUAAGGACCCACCCCGAUAUGAGGACGCAGUCAAACAGACCCGCAGCAUGCAAACUGCCGUUCAGGUUCCCACUGCAACCAGCCAGCAUAUGGAUGACCUGUUUGACGUGUUGAUUGAGAGCGGUGAGAUCUCCCCCUUCGUCAAACAGGAUCCACCCAACCUUGACAGGCUUCUCCCUGUGACGGCCAACAUCACCACCCUGCCCAUCAGCACCGUGUUGUCCCGCCCGCCACCCCAGAUCCAAGUGGCCCAGCUGCCGGCUCCUCCCCUGAACCCUCCGUCCAGCUUGGUGACCCUGGGCACCGACAACCAGCUGGAAACGCUCCUGGUUGGCACACUGGUGGCCGACACAGAGCCACGGACACUCAGGCUGAUGGAGGAGCUGCACAGCCAGCUGAAUCCCCACUCGCCUAUGGACACAAUGGAGCUAGACUUCAAUGACAACACGCCCACCUCUGCUUUCCACCUUCAAAACACCAACUUGGAUAAUAUGGACUGGCUGGAUCUUACCAUGUCUGUGCCCGCAGAAGGAGUCAACUCCCUGGGCUCGUCCUCGCCAGUGGGGGUCUUCCCCUCUGAGUUCCUGGACUCCCAUGAACUGCAGCUGAACUGGGACUGAGCAGCUUCAAUGUGAUCCCAUAUCCCUACCAGGCCAUUUCAUAUAAACAUGUUUUUUAAUGCAACAGAGCUUAGGCCUCUUACUUUCCAUGUAGAGUGGCUUUGGUUUACUGUGCUGCUCUGUGCUGCUUUUAGGCCAGAGCUUGUGUCGACUUGGUAUGGUUCUCAUCGAGCGGUGUCAUUAUAAAAGUAGCUGCGCUCCUCCCUCUGAGGUAUUUCAGCCAUUACACCAGCUCAUGCUGUGGGGAGGAUGACAUAAAGUGGUUCUGAUACUGGUGGAUUGAGCUGUCCAUAAGCUGUGAGUACUCAGCAAGGGCCAAAUUAUAGCAGUUUUACUUGGCAUCAGUCGGUCCUCAUCUCUCUGUUUCCUCAGAUUUUCAGGACGAUGGUAACCAAGAAAGAUGGGAGAGUGUGCUGAUUUGAGUUAAAGAGUUUAUGGAUAAAUAUGUAGCUAAGGGCUGUAAGGUAAUUCAUUCCAGUUGUCCUAUCAAGGUCAUCGCUAACUUGUUCAUUGUAAGACAAGAAGGGACACUGAUGUAUGACUUUACGUCUAAGAGAGGCAGGAGAGCUGGUCGUGUCUCCUGUAAAGUUGUGAAUCGACUGACAUGAAUACUACCUGCCAGUUUGUGGAUUUUUGAAGUUUAAGUUAAUUUGAAGUGCAAUCAAGGUGACAUUAGAUUGUUGGACUUGAGACCUCUUUAUGACAAAAGGCUUUUCCUCUCCGAACCCUCUUGUCUGCUUUAACAGGAUUCCUCCUGCUCUACAGAUCCACUGAAUGUUGCGUUGGUUUUGAAAUCCCAUGAAUGAUAUUCAGCUUCUGUAUGUAUUUCAACUCCAUCUCUACACUCGACAUUUUUUUUUUUUUUUUUUUUUUGAUAAACUGCCAGAAAAGAAUCCAGUGAAUGAUUCUGCAAGAUGCUUAUACACCUUUCCAUACACUAGUAUCUUGAUGGUGCAAGUGUGAUGGUUAAGUGACCAGAGUCUGUUGUGUACAUUCUUUAUUUUAUUUUUUUUUUUAAUCAUGGUGCUCCUUUUCAGUCAUAGCAGUGUUGGUUAUAAUGUCUUUGUUUCUCAAAUAAGGUGAGCACACAGCUUGAUUUUAGUUGACUGGUCCAUUCAUAAAGUGCAGCCAUGGCAGACCAUGCCAGACCUUACCAGAUCAUGUGUAACAUGUGUUUCAGUGUAACAAUAGACACACCACUUGCCAAAACAUAAGCGUCCAAUCAGAAAGGCCAACCUCUCCUUGGUUGUUUGAAAAGUCCAGCUUGCGUUCACAAGUUCAGUAGUGACAUCUGCUGGCCAAAAACUAAGAGCUGACUUGAGCAAACACCAGAACAUAAAUAAAGUAUACACACAGUAUGGUUAUAAAUGGGCUAACUUAUAGUUCCAAUUUCCAUGCUGAUUUUUGCAAAAGAAGACUCUGACCGGAAAAAGGGAUAACUGGCAAAAACAACACAAGUGUUAGAAACAAAAAAGUGUCACACAAAAUAUGCCAAGAACAAUGGCGCACCAAGACAGCAGAAUAAUUCCUAGAAAGCAACUAUUGCAGGGUGACUGCACUGUGGAGAUAAAAGUCUAAAAAAGUGUAUGGAAAUAUAUGAAAAUAUUGAUUGACAGUCUGUAAUUAUUGACACCCUCACUGACAUCCUCCUUUUAGGAAACAAAAGAGGAACUGUCAAGAGCACUUAUAUGGAAAUGCAGUUGCUACUGUAAUUGGAUUAUAUGCAAACUGUACAUAAAUAUUACUUCUAGUCAAUUACGGGGAUGCUGAGAAAAAAAAAAAAAAAAACAAUUUUUAUAUAUAAAUCCACUCACUCCCCAUUACUACAUGUGGUGGUAGUGAUGUAUUUCUGUCAGAGCAUUAGCGUCUCAUUUGGCAAUCCAAAAUAUGCCACCCUUUGAAAGGGAUUGUGUGCUGGAAUCAGAAAUAUUUUGUUUUACUAUACUAGUAUUACCUUCAAGCCUUUGGAAAAGUUUUGAAUGCAUAGUUAGUAUGCUAUAUGUUUUGCACAUUGUGUAUAUAUUUUACCUUUUUAUACAAAUGUAGCAUAUCUGAGUUAUUUUGUAAAUGCCAAGACUAUUUGGGGCUUGCGACCCAUCAUGUCAUUUAGCCUUUAGUGCUGGUGAAU